CAAAUCUCUUCUCGCGGGAUCUUUUCACCCGACUAAUGCGAGCGGAAGUAACUUGUAUUUCUCUUUUCCGGCGGCCAUAGUGGUCUGGGCAGACGGUCAUCAUGAAGUUCAGUCCAUUCGUUACAUCCGACCGGAGCAAAAAUCGCAAGAGGCAUUUCAAUGCCCCAUCUCAUGUGCGCAGAAAGAUCAUGUCCUCUCCCCUUUCCAAAGAGCUGCGACAGAAGUACAACGUCCGCUCCAUGCCCAUCCGCAAAGACGACGAAGUUCAGGUUGUUCGCGGACACUACAAAGGCCAGCAGAUUGGUAAAGUAGUCCAGGUAUACAGGAAGAAGUACGUAAUCUACAUUGAACGCGUGCAGCGUGAGAAGGCCAACGGCACAACAGUCCAUGUUGGUAUUCACCCCAGCAAGGUGGUGAUCACCAGGCUAAAGCUCGACAAGGACAGGAAGAAGAUCUUGGAACGCAAGGCCAAGUCUCGCCAGGUUGGCAAAGAGAAGGGCAAAUACAAGGAGGAAACCAUAGAGAAAAUGCAAGAGUAACUCUGUCAAACAAUAAACUGUGCAGUUUAUACAAA